UAUGCACGAGUGUUGAAGUAGCGUUGGUGAUAUGUGAUCGUGAUUAAAAGACACUUCUACAAGUCAUCCAACGAUGUGUUAUUUAAAACAAUAACACAACAUAACAUGGUACCAGGAGUAAAUGAAGAGUGAAGUGGUGUAUUGUGGAAAGCGACAUGGAUUUGAAGCCACCUGAAAAGCUGAAGCUGAGUGGAAAUGUCGACAGCAAUUGGCGCACCUUCAAGCAGCAGUUCCAACUGUACAUGGCGGCUAUGGGACUGCUACACUGCUACUUUGCUACACUGAAGGACUCUAUGAUAAGCAGAAGCGUCUGCCUCACACUUUUCCCCCACGUUCAGCACUUUGGCCACAGCCAGUCAAUGGCAUUAAAAGUGACAAACAUCUUUUUGUUUCGUGCUGACAUCAUGGACUUGUUUUUAUUCUUUCUUCUGGUCGUGCAAAUGCACAGCGUGACGCCUGUGAUUCACACGCUGCAGUAUUUCCACACUGCAUCCUCUCAAGUUCCAAACUUCCCAGAGUAUGUGAGUGUUGGUUAUGUUGAUGGAGUUGAGAUUAGUUACUAUGACAGCAACAUCAGGAAAGCAGAAUCCAAACAGGACUGGAUGAACAAAAUCACAGCAGAGGAUCCAAAAUACUGGCAGAUGGUAACAGAGAUCAGUGUUGUUAAUGAGUUUAGUGCCAAACACAACCUUGAAGUUCGUAAGAAGCGUUUCAACCAAACUGGAGGUGUUCACAUUGUCCAGAGGAUGUCAGGAUGUGAAUGGAAUGAUGAGACUGAUGAGGUUACAGGUUGGCAGCAGCAAGGUUAUGAUGGAGAAGAUUACAUAUCGUUGGACAUGAAGACAUGGACAUGGACUGCAGCAAAACCACAAGCUUUCCCCGACAAACUCAAGUGGGACCAGAACAUACUUCUACUAGACUACGAAAAGUAUUAUUUCACUGAGGAAUGUCCUUCUUACUUGAAGAAGUAUGUGAACAAUGGGAAGAAGGUCCUAAUGAGAACAGAGCUUCCAGAGGUGUUCCUCCUCCAGAAGACGCCAUCCUCUCCAGUCACCUGCAUGGCGACAGGUUUCUACCCCGACCUCGCCGACCUGUUUUGGAGGAAAGACGGCGAGCAGAUGUUGGAGGACGUGGAGCACGGAGAGCUGCUCCCCAACCACGACGGAACCUUCCAGAUGUCGGUGGAGCUGAAAGUGGAGGUGACGGCCGAGGUGGAGGGCAAGUACGAAUGUGUGUUCCAGCUGUCUGGCGUCAAGGAGGACCUGGUCACCAAGCUGGAGAGAAGAAGCAUCCUGAGCAACGCAAGCCAUGAAGGUGAGAAAGACACAUUUAGUUGGAGAUGUUUCCCAUCACAAGUCCACCUGUCACCAUUAUUGAUCCAUGUCACCAUGACAACGCUUGACGUCUGCAUGCAAAACAACUUGAGCGUCGCCCUCGCUGCCACGGCGGCGGUCGUCGCUGUGGCGGCCGUCCUGGCGGCCAUCAUCAUGGUCAUGGUCAGGCGUCACAGAAACAGACAAGCCCAGUACGAUCCAGCUCGUAAGUAA